GUAUCAAAUUAUCAAAGGAAAUUGAGGAAAUUGAUGAUGUUAAAGAAAUUGAUGAUGUCAAGGAAUUUGAUGAUGUCAAGGAAUUUGAUGAUGUCAAGGAGUUUGAUGAUGUCAAGGAAUUUGAUGAUGUCAAGGAGUUUGAUGAUGUCAAGGAAUUUGAUGAUGUUGAGGAUGAUGUUGAGGAUGAUGUUGAGGAUGAUGUCAAGGAAUUUGAUGAUGUUGAGGAUGAUUAUGAGGAAAUCAAUGAUGAUGAGGAGGAAUAUGAAAAUGGAGAAAAAUAUGAGGAAGAACGAAAAGAAAAGGCAAGUAUAAAACUUAAAUUCUUCUCAAAAGCAGCAUUUAAAAAAAUUGUAAGAGAGAUUAGUCUAGGUAUAAGACCUGGACUACAUUUCAGGAGUGAUGCGUUGGAUGAACUACAAAAA